AUUGUCUUGAGCGUACGCGGCGACCGACAAUAGUGAGUCUCUCUGCUUUCGCUUUGCUUUCCUAUUAUUUUAAUUUGUGUCGCUAUGGAUGAGGAUGAAAUGCAACAGUUUUCUUUGCGCUGGCAUAAUCACCAGAGCAGUGUAAUCGGAGCCCUAGGGCGUAUGCUGAGCACCGGAUCCUUGACGGAUGUGACCUUGAACGCCAGCGGGACUUCGCUGCGCGCCCACAGGCUGGUGCUGGCAUCAUGCAGCCAGUAUUUCGCGCAACUUUUCAAGGAAGUGGAAGCUGAAAACACCCUCGUCGUCGUCCUAAGCUGCGAAGCUACGGAACUGCGCCUGUUGCUGACUUUCAUGUACACGGGGGAGGUCACGGCGUCCAAGGAGGUGCUGCCGUCGCUGCUACGGCUCGCGCAGACCCUCAAGGUGUCUGGACUGACCGAUGCUGACACUAACCCAACGCCACAACCAACCGAACCAGAGCCACAAGAACCCCAACAAUCCCCAACUUUUGAGCCCAAACCCGACUUUACCGAACCAAAAAUCUUCGACGAGCCAAUGGAGAAAGAAUACACCAGCGGGAUGAACGAUGUGAUCAAAAACGAAAAGGACAGACUGAGCAAGCUUGAUCAGAUCGUGCAGAAUUUGUAUAGCACACACAAGAUUGGCAGUCCGGGGAUUGGGAAUGUCACACCUCCGAUUAUGCCUAAUUUAGCAGAUCCCCCAGAGCCGUUUGACCGCAAAUGGCGUCUCAACAGCUCGGUAUGCACCAUCUGCCACAAGCGGCUCAGCAACCAGUACAACCUGCGCGUGCACAUGGAGACGCACGCGGGGCGGCGGCACGCGUGCCGCGCCUGCAGCCACGUGUCGCGGUCGCGCGACGCGCUCAGGAAACACGUCGCCUACCGACACGCCACUAGCAGGGACAAGGCGAUCUGAUGUGAUGUGAUCGACUAUCGGCCCGAUUCGAAGAAUGAGAUACGAUAACGAUAAGUUCUCAUUUAGAUAUCGUUUGUGGGUCGUAUAAUUGACAGGGCAUUGGUUGCCCGAAUCGAGCUCACUUGCCACUUUGUCGUUAGAAAUAUCAUAGAUAAUAAUAGAUAGAUCUUUAUCUUCCUCAAUGGCUUUUACUUAUAUAGACGUUAUUGGGAUCACAGCGGAAUUGAAAUAAACGUCACUUUUGACAUGUCGUUUAGUUAUCGAUCUUUUAAAGAUCUUACGUGUCUUAAUCAUUCUUCGAAUCGGGCCGUAUAUUUAUGCUAAACAUCUCGCUGCACGCGGAGCAAAUAAGAGGCAACAGGAGUGGUCAUUUCUCCAUACAAAUGAACUCGACUGUUUCCUCCGUGGUUUUUCAAGCUGGAGCAAUGAUUUUUUCAACACAGAUAAUUCAAUAUCUGUGUCUGACUGUUUUGCUUUUUUGAUAUUUUUGUUUCUUAAGGCGCUAGUGCACUUCAUAUAUUCACGAAACGGCCUAAUUUACUAGGCCGCAAAGAGAAGCUUGGCAUUCAAAACUGACAUCAAUUAGCCUAAAAAGGAAAACAGUCCGACACAGGUAAUUUAAUUACCAUUUAGAUCUCAAAUUUCGUUACAUUUGGUUAGUUUUGGAGGAGGAAACAGUCGAGUACGAAACAUCGUUUUUUGACAUUUUUAGCCUAACCUGGCGUUGUCCUUAUCGCACUAGUUUUAGGAGCCGCUUCCAUUAGCGAGACGAAUAUAUUCAUCUAAAAUAUUUAAAUCUCAGUUCCCGCAUCCUCUUUAAAAAGAGACAGGACGCUGCCCGCCGCAAGUAAGUGUAACCGAGAUCGCACUACAUACUUAUACGCCUACAGCGAGUGUUUGACUCAACUAAACAUAGAGGUAUGGAGUGUGGAAUUAAAAGGAGUGAAAUCUCUUAUGGUAGAACUGUUGCAAAAGUGUCCAGCUAUAAAUAAUAGUUCCAAAUCUCUCCAGAGUAGCGCUAGAGUAGCUAAGAACCUAAGCGUCUUAUUGACGGAGUGACGUGCGUUGUCUAUGAUUUGUUUUUUUUUUUCAAGUGUUCUAGGUAUUUUAGCUCCACCUAUUUAAGGUUUUUUGAUGACACUUUUUGGUAUAUGGAGAUUCCAUUCCUUACAUAGAGGCUUACAUUGUGUUGUGUCAUUAAAAUGAUGUCCGUCGUCCAUGCUUUUCGCUAGUUCUUGACACACGGGCGUCUGACAUAAUUUAGAUAAAUAUAAUUUUGAUGUCACAAUAUAGUGUCAGGGUCGGCAAAUUUCAGCUCGCAGCACGCGUGGCUCGCCUGCAGUUGCCAGGGAUAAGGCGAUCUGACUGUGGUGUAGUAUAUAAUUAGUACGUAAGCAUUGCAUAUAUAAUCGUGUAACCUGCCUACUACACCCCCGGUUAAAUGAGUAACCGGAUCUGCCUCUAUAGAAUCCUCGGCUCGGAUUACUUAACCCGCGACCAAUAUUAUUCUGAGCGUACGUACCUCGCAAGGCCCGGUUCUUGUCGUACGAAUAGGUACCGCAUGUCCAUAUUGCUGGUCAUUCCCCUACGCGGGCUGUAAAAACCACGGCCUGCGCGUGGGUGGUACGAUUGACCUGGAAAACCUCUUUGAUUGACGAAGAUUGAAGGCUCGUCGAUACCUCUUGUGGACGAUAUCUCCUCGUCCUUUGCGGCCUGAAUUGCGUCCUUUAAUGUUGGAAGGUCCUAGCUGAGAGUAUGAGCCCUAAGUUUGGGUUCCGCAACCCAUCGGUGAACCUUUUUACUGCCAACUUUUCGUUGACGGUUUUCAGUACCUUAUACGCAUUUUGAUCACCGUCAGCUUGAGAAACCGUUAAAUCGACAAAUAAUUGCUCAAUUUUUGUACCAAAUUCAUCAAUAGAAAGUGAAUGCUGCUUUGCUUUCAUCAAAUUACUGUGUAUAGCUGUGCUGUGUGAUUUAUUCUGAUCUAAUUAUAUAGGCAGGUGACACGAUUAUAUAUGCAAUGCUUAUGUACUAAUUAUAUACUACACCACAUGACAGCCCCGCCACUUGACUGCUUUUGCGCAAAUCCGUGGCACCGCUUGAUUUUGCCACUUUCCACGUUUUCGCUGGCGCCACUUGAAGGGUUAAAUACCGAAAUUGAGUUUGCUGACCAAAUUCUCUGAAAAAAGACAUGUUGCAAAAGAAAGACAGCUUAUAAAUCGUGGUAAUUAGACACAUAAUUCUUAUUCAACCAUCCAUCUGUGUGGUUAUACUUUAAUUUAUUUUAUUAACAGUCAUUAUUUAAGAAGCUAUCAUUUUUAUUGUUAAACUAGUGAAAUCCUAUCAAAUUCAUUGCAAAAAAAACUUAAAUACCCACCGAAACCUUAUAAAAGACAUAUUUCAAUAGGACUGUUUUGUACUAUUUUUUGGAUAUUAUUAUGUUUUUGUUCCCCUAUAUUAUAAAAUAUAUAGGUACCUAAAACUGGCCGACAAUGAAAGCUUUAUAAUUGAAACACACUGAUUUAAAUUUUCACUGUUAUUACUCAUUAUUAUUCACUUCAACGGGACUUAAUCGCGUAAAAUGAUGUUUUAAAUUUACCUUCGACGUUUCGAGGACGGCGUUAUUCCCGUGAUCUCGGAGAAGAUUGGCUAAAAUUGACAUCAACAUUUUCUAGCCGCGCGAGUUUUUCGAACAACUCGAACCUGUACCCGCGCGUUGUUGAUGUCAACUUUAGCCGAUCUUCUCCGAGACUAUGGAAGGUGGAGUAAGUAAUACAAUCUCCAUAGGCAGAACUGUUGCAAAAGUGUCCAGCUAUAAAUGGUAGUUCCAAAUCUCCCCAGAGUAGCGCUAGAGUAGCUAAGAACCUAGGCGUUAUUGACGGAGUGAAGUGCGCUGUCUAUGAUUUGAAUUUUUUCUUCAAUUAUUCUAGAUAUUGUAGCGCCAUCUAUUUAAGGUUUUUUGACGAGCACUUUUUAGUACAUGGAGAUUGUAUUCCUUUCCUUAAAAUUCCAUAUCCGAGACCACGGGGACAACGCCGUCCUCGAAACGUCGGAGAAAAAUUUAAAACAUAAUUUUACACGAUUAAAUAUAUUAAUUAUUAUAUUGUUGAUAUAAUUGAGGUAAUUGUCAAUUGAGGUAAUUAGAGGGUACAAAAUCAAAUCUAUACCUAUCUACAUCAGUUAAGCUUAAGCACAAACUAAAGAUAAUAUUACAUUUAUCUCAUUCUAAAAUAUUAGUUAAUGGCUAUCAAAUUAUGUGAACGCACCAUUAAAAUAUGCUCAUUUGCAAUCAAUGCAUAUUGAAACGAAAAAUCCUUGCCUGUUGCAGUAUUUUUCUAUUGGAUUGAAUUAUACUGAAAAUUGUAAUAAAAGUGCCUAGACGGUUAUUAUAGGUAUUGGACUGUUUAGUUUUAGUUACCUACCAUACGUUGUUUUAUAAUAUAGUUCGUGUCAUCCACGAUGACGCGCAGAUUUGUCAAAUCUAACCUAUAAUAACAUGACAAUAUGAGUCAAGGCGCGCGUCUUCGUGAAUGACACAAUCACACUUACACUAAAUUGAAUAUAAUUUUAUAAAUAACUUGUAUCUAUUUUAAUAUUGAAUCUAGUCAUAUUUAUAGAGUUAUUGUUACGAAAAGACAAAUAAAAGACAAUAUUUGUAAUAAACUUUUAUUUA